AUGUUCUCCCUACUGUUACUGCCGCUGCUGAUGCAGCCUGCGUUUGGUUUUUCAUCCGCUACCGGGUUCUACAUUGACAACGGCCUAGAUCAAACCGUCCACUUAAAAAGCAUCUCUGUCGACGAUCGACAGGAAAUCGAGCACGAAAUCCUGGACCUGCUUGGCCUGCCGGAUCGCCCAAACAGGAAGCACAUUCAUCCGUCGCUGCGGAAAUCGGCUCCGCAAUUUCUUUUCAACAUCUACCGUAAGUUUUCCGCCGAAGCCGCAGAUGGGGACCAAGCCAAGCGGAGCCGCUCCAAGCGAAAUACCGUCUACAAUCGAAAUCUGUUUACAAUCGCCGACGAACGGGCCAUCGAGGAAAGUGAUGUUAUAAUGUCGUUUCUUAACAAAGGCAAUCGGAACUUGCCUAAAAUUCGAUACCAGCGGUACGGUGGAAGGUUAUGGUUUGACACCCGUCAGACACAGAUGGAUAGUGGAAAUGUGGUUUAUGCUAGUUUACGGAUUUAUAAGAAUGCAACGAUCGAUCACGGGAAUGCGAUUGGCAGCGAAAUACUGGUCACAGUGCGAACGUCGAUUAUACGGGAUUAUGAUUCAAAGCGUGGAGAGCACAUGUUAGAAUUUUUGGCAGAUCAAACCGUGCCUUACAACUACGAGGGCUGGUUGGAGAUCAACGUAACUCAGGCAAUGAUUCACUGGGUGGCGAAUAGCAUCAGCAAUAAAGGGAUUUUUGUAAGUGUCAUUUACACCGACAGUCCACAGAAGAAUGUUCGUCCUCAGGAUUUGGGGCUGAUUCUUUCGAACAAAUUUGGCCGCUAUCAACCUUUCCUGGUGGGUUACUGCAAGGGACGUGAAUUACUUAAACCCGCUAUUCACUCAGGUCGUUCCAAACGUAGCGUAGUACGAGAAUUCAAGAAGACCGCAAAACCAAAGAAUCCAUUCAUAGAUCGGUGGGCACAGCGGGAAAAAAGUUGCCAGAUUCACACUCUGUACGUCAGCUUUCGGGAUUUGCGCUGGCAGGAUUGGAUCAUCGCACCGGAAGGAUUCGGGGCAUUCUUUUGUCACGGCGAGUGCAGCUUUCCGCUGAAUGCACACAUGAAUGCAACGAACCACGCGUUGAUACAGAGUUUGGUACACUCGAUCAACCCGAGUCGCGUCCCGAAGCCGUGCUGUGCACCAACGAAGCUGAAUCCUAUUUCCGUACUUUACCACAUCGAUGAUGCUAAUAUUAAUUUGAAAAAGUACAAGAAUAUGGUGGUUAAGAGCUGUGGCUGUUUGUAG